AUGUCAUCCCACAACCAGUCAAGUGUUCUUCAUAAAUUCAAGGGAAUUCUCUACUCUACUAUGUCUUCAGAAGAACUUCUAAAUUCCCUGGAUUCCUUCAGUGCAAGAGAAGAUGAUGUGUUUCUGGUUUCCUAUCCAAAAUCUGGUACUCACUGGAUUGCUAAAGUCAUUGAGAACAUCCCCAAUGCUGGAAUUACUCUAACAUCUCCAAUCGAAUUAGGAGACAUUUCUAAAUUUGAAGAGCUAAAAAUGUAUUAUAAGAAAAGAGUUAUUCCAACACAUUUGAGCUAUAACAUGCUACCAAUGGAUAUCAAACAAAAACAAUGCAAGAUUAUCUACAUCGUUAGGAAUCCAAAAGACACAGCUGUUUCUUUAUUCCACUACUACAAAGAUAACCCUAAUCUCCCCAGCGUUGAAACCUGGGCUACGUUUUUAGAACUUUUUCUAAAAGGAAAGGUUGUGUAUGGAUCCUGGUUUGAUCACGUUUUAAGCUGGGAAGACCACAAAAAUGAUAAAAAUGUUCUAUUUAUAUUCUAUGAAGAAAUGAAGAAAGAUCUUUCUAAAAGCAUAAAGAAAAUAACUACUUUCCUUGGUAUUAAUUUGAGUGACAGUGAAAUUAAUCAGAUUGCUUGGAAAACAUCAUUCAGGGAAAUGAAAAAUAAUGCAGCCAAAGAAAACUGUGAUCCAAAUAAGACCAUCUGUGCCCUCACAACUAAUAGGAACCUGGUAUUUAGGAAAGGAGCGGUGGGUGAUUGGAUAAACUACUUUACUUCAAAGCAGAAGAGAGUAUUUGAUGAACUAUUCACAGAGAAAAUGAAACACAGCGAACUCUCAAGACACUUUGAAGAUUAUUCUUAA